AUGGCUGGCCUGACCGGCCCAGAACUCAGCACAAUGCCCUAUGGCAUACAACCGGACCUGAUGGACAUACCAGAUCCACGCACGUUUCUCACCCCGGAGAUCUAUCCCUCAGCCCGACGAGGCUCUUGUGGUAGCGAGACACUGGGCUCCCAAUACGCUUGGUCUACAGCCUCCAACGAUCUACUCGCCACGUCCCCAGCCCUAUCCUCGCUCGAGCCCUCCUGUUCGGGACCAACCUCGCCCUACAUGCAGGGCUACUAUCCACCUAGUUCGAUGCAGUCCAGUAUAAACACCCCCAGCUAUAGUCCCCGGCAAAUCAACAAAUGGUGCAUCGAAACCAACCCAACCCCCACCGAGUUCUACUCAUCCUACCCACCACUCAACCCCAGUCCCAUACCCUACGCAGACUUAUUCGCCCACGAGAGUCUAAGCACCGCAACCGACUGGCUCUCCGUCCCAUCCUUCAGAGAUCCAAUCCCAAUCCCAUCCCAACCCCCAGUCCCAGACGCCUACUUCCCAGUCUCAAUCCCCCACCCCCAACCCAACCACCAACAAACCUCUACCAAAAGAACCUCAACUCCCUCUUCAACAGGAGCCCGUCCCUCCCCAGCCCGCUCCUUCUCCGACAACUCCUCCCCCCCAAAUAGCACCAGCGACCUCAGCGCCUACGGAAUCCCAACAGCAACAGGCGCCUGGCGAUGCGCACACCCAGGCUGUUCCAGCCAAGCCGUUUUCAGACGGGGCUGUGACCUGCGCAAACACUUCAACCGACACCGGAAGUACCUCUUCUGCCGACACGAGGGAUGUCCACAGGCCGCGCAGAAUGGGUUUUCCAGCAAGAAAGAUCGGGCACGGCACGAGGCCAAGCAUAACCCCGGCAUUGUAUGCGAGGCUGUUGGCUGUGGAAGGGUUUUCAGUCGAGUUGACAAUAUGAAGGACCAUGUGAGGAGGAUUCAUCGGAGGGGAACGGGGGAUGGGAGGUGA